UUAAAUUGUAUUUUAAUUAAGAAAUAAAGUUUAUAUAGCGAGAUAAGCAAAAAGUUACUUGUGAUAUAAAAAUCAUUUAAUUUCAUCAUUUGACUCUCAUUCUGCCGAAAUCUUGCUUGGAACAAUGAGCUCAAAUUUUUUGCCGUGCCAGAUAAAGGCUGUUGACUACUCUGCCAACAUCUCGACAUCCAAUGUUGAUAGCUAUGUUGUAGUUCAUGAUGAUGGCAUGCCUAGUGAUUUAUUAAGCUAUGUAUCUGAAGCGAAAAAAAUUGAUAAGGGUUUUGAAUCUGAAGUAUCAUGUUUUAAGCAUGAUAAUAAAUUGGCUAUCUAUUCUCCACUGGAUUUAAAUGACUAUUCUGACGUUCGCGAGUAUUUUAAGGCUGCAAAGAAGGGCGUUGCUCGUGCUAUCAAAGCUGGAAGCUUAAAUCCAAUGCUAAUUCUUCCGUCAAGACCAAAAUAUAAGCAUGCUGAACUUAAUACAGUACUUGGUGCUUUAUCUGCAUUAUAUGUACCUAUUCAAUACCGUGAAGAUGUUCCUGAAAAGGCUGAGAGAAUUAAAUGUCUUAAUAUUUCAUGGAGCCAAAAAGAUCAACUUAAGGACUUAAUCGAGAAAGCUAAAUCGCUCGAAUCUGGUCUAUACAUUGCUAGAGACAUUGGUGGUGGUGAUCCCGAACGGAUGAGUCCCCCAAAUGUUGCUUCUUAUGUUGAAAAAGCAUUUACUAGUGGAAUAAUCAGCAUCAAAGUCCUUUCCGAUCAAGACGAAUUCGUCAAAGACUAUCCAUUAUUUGCAGCAGUCAAUCGAGCUGCAAGAUCUGUUCCAAGACAUCAAGGACGUAUUAUUUGGAUGGAAUAUAAACCACCAAAACCAUCAAGAAAGACAUUAAUGCUUGUCGGCAAAGGAGUUACUUAUGACACCGGUGGUGCUGACAUUAAGGCUGGCGGAAUCAUGGCUGGAAUGUCACGUGAUAAGUGCGGUGCCGCAGCAAUUGCUGGAUUUAUGAAAACUGUUGAAUUAAAGAAACCAGAAGACGUACAUGUUAUCGCUGCACUUUGCAUGGUAAGGAAUAGUGUUGGUGAAGAAUGCUAUGUUGCUGAUGAAGUCAUUACAUCUAGAGCUGGAACGAGAAUUCGCAUUGGAAAUACAGAUGCCGAAGGUAGAAUGGCAAUGGCUGAUUCAUUGUGUGUUAUGAAGGAACGAGCUGUGAAGGAAAACUUGCCAAAUUGCUACUUGUAUACAAUUGCAACUUUGACCGGGCAUGCAUGUGUAGCCCUUGGUGAUUAUACAGCUGUAAUUGAUAAUAAAGUCGCCGAGAAUGCUGGUCAUGGAAAUAGUUUCUGCAAAGCUGGUGAUUUGAUUGGAGAUCCUUCGGAAAUUUCAACAGUUCGUAAGGAAGACUUUGAAUUUAUUCGUUCUAAAGGGUAUGGAGAAGAUGUCCUUCAAUGUAAUAAUGCACCAAGUUCUCGAACGCCUCGUGGACAUCAAAUUCCAGCUGCAUUCUUAAUUGUUGCUUCCGGUUUAGAUAAGCACGAUGCAAGUUCAUCAAUUCCUUUAAAAUACACUCAUUUGGAUGUAGCUGGAAGUGCUGGAGAGGUUCCAGAUCCACCAACUGGAGCUUCCUUAUUGUCUUUGAGUCAAUUACAUUUAUUUUAAAAAGUUUUAUGCUUUCAUCUACAACAAUGAGCGAGUUCAUAUGAGGCUAAAAGUCUUAUUGUAAACAGCAAAGACAUUUGAAACUUUUGUACUUAAAUUUUUUUUUUUUUUGUUGUACGUAUUAACAAUGAAACAUUUCCGUCAUUCAAUAAAAUUGGAAUCAACUUGAUGGAAACAUAAAAUAAUAUGUUGGAAAUAAUCUCUUUCUCUCGACGUUUUUCGAUAUAGUAAAAAAAAUAUUCUUUUAAUGUCAUGAGAAAAGAAAGAAAUGUUACCUUUCUCCAAAAUUCACCGUUAAGUUAAACUUUUUAACUCUUUUUUGGCUGAUUUUUAAAGAGAAAUGAGAAAUUUCUUUCGUUAAUAAAAAGCUGCGA